GAUGCCAACAAUGAUGCCAAAUCAGCAAAUAUUCAUCAGUAACGCUGUACUUUUACCGCCGAUACCUGGAGUAUCAUUACCAGAAAGACGUGAACGUCCUAAAGGAUGUCGUACGAUAUUUGUUGGUGGUCUACCAUCAAACGUUAAACAGGAUAUGUUAAAUGAGAUGUUCCAAAGAUUUGGUAUGAUCCAAAAUGUAAGAUCACCUAAAAGUGGUAUCUAUUACGUGAGAUUUGAAAGGGAGGAAAGUGUGGAAAAUGCGUUCUUGCUGUCCGGAUAUAGGUUCAAAUAUCAUGAUCAAAAUGAAAAUGAAGCUACCACGAUAUUUGUAGAUUAUGCAUUGAACCGUGAUGAUCAAAAUGAAUAUGAAAAGAACCAGCGUAAGAGAGAGCCUACUCCUCCGAGAGUUGAACCUUUUACUGCAAAUGCAUUGUCAAAUAUUGCUGAAAAGAUUAAAAGUGAGACAGAAUUUUCUACUGCUGCUCAUACAUUAGCGGUUUGGUUGGAACGUGGUGAAUGUAACAAAAAGCACGCAAACGCUUUCUACUCUCUUAUUCAAGCGAGCAACAAUCAGAUACGUAGACUGUUUAACGAGAAAAUGCAAUUGGAUGAAGAGUUUCAAAACAUGAAGAACUCUAUUAAGGACAAAUUUGCUCAUGUCGUGACUCAGUUCGAGCAGGUAGCAAAAAUUUUAUCAGCUGCAAAACAUCAACGAGUGUCCGACCACUUCACGAAACAACAGCGUCGCAACAUCGAGAUGUGGCUCAAAAUGACAGAGGAGGUGGAAAAUAUAAAAGAGGAAUUCAAUGUCCUAUUUGAGGAUGAAGAAAUUGAAAAGUCUGGCAAGAAUGUCGUACCUUUGGAGAAAUACGAAGAGCUAAAAAAAGAAAAUGAAAACUUGACAUAUGAGUUGGAGGGUUAUAAAAACGAGGCGUACCUCGCGAAAGACGAAGCUGAAAGAAAAUUCGAGAAGUUCAAAGCACAUUUUAUAGCUCAACAAGCUUUACAACAGCCCAAUCAACAGGUCUACCCACCAUUGCCAUCGAAGUUCAAUACGGAACCCCUCCUGCCCCUACCAACACCUGCAAAACCAAUGCCGCCCCCGCCUACCCCUGAUGAUGACAAGAUUAUCGUCUCUGGUCCACCAGUACCUCCAUCUGAAGCUAAAAUCAUCAGCAUAUUGACGGCUUUCCUCAUGGUCCAUCCGUUAGGAGCAUCUCUAGAUUAUCUAGUUUCCUACGUAAGGUCUAUGACCCCAAAUGUAACUCAGGGGACUGUUCUGGCAACACUGCAGAAGUAUACUGAUGUUUUUCAUUGCAAAACUACUGGUGUAGGUGCUUGCAUUGAACAUAGGUGGUCGUUUAUUACAUUUGAUACAAUAAAACAAGAAAAGUAAUGUUUUUUAUUUCAAUGUAUUUAAGGAUAUUUACAUUUAAGAGUGAUAAUAAAUAACUUAAUUAAG